AUGCUCUCCACCCCUGUCAACCUCCCCAAGUGGUUGGAAGAGAACUCGCACCUCCUCAAGCCGCCAAUCAACAACUACUGCGUCUACAAUGAGGACUUCACCGUCAUGAUCGUCGGCGGCCCCAACGCCAGGACCGACUACCACAUCAACCAGACGCCCGAGUGGUUCUACCAGUACAAGGGCGCCAUGAUGCUCAAGGUCGUCGACGACGGCGUCUUCAAGGACGUCAUCAUCCGCGAGGGCGACAUGUUCCUGCUGCCCGGCAACACCCCUCACAACCCCGUCCGCUUCGCCGACACCGUCGGCGUCGUCCUCGAGCAGCGCCGCCCCGAGGGCUCCCUCGACCGCAUGCGCUGGUACUGCGACUCCUGCCGCGAGGUCGUCCACGAGGCCGCCUUCCACUGCACAGACCUCGGCACCCAGAUCAAGGCCGCCGUCGAGGCCUUCAAGGCCGACGAGCAGGGGAGGACGUGUAAGAAGUGCGGCGUCGUCGCGGAGGCGGCGCCGAGGCCCGGGUCGAUUAAGGAUCCGAACUUGGAGUGA